UCCCUCGCAAAAGAUUUAUGUCGUUAAGUGCCGGAAGGAAUCUCAAAUUCUUUGGGUCCUCAAUGGAAGUAAGUAACUCUGCACAAUUUACCCCACAAAUAAUUUCUUAUACUCCCAGUUCCAAACGAGAAAAAAAGCCUUCACACAACGCAUUAAUCUAUGAAAUGAACGAAUUUCUGUUAACUUCGAACGCUUGGAAGCCACAAAACCACUUGCCAUGCUCUUAAAAUAUCAUCAUUUCAAGUAUACUAAUACUUUUUUUUAAUUAAAAUGUUUUUUAACACCAUAUCAUAUGACACCAUUUUAAGGAUAAGAGAGAAACAGAGACAGUCCAAAACAGUUGCAGCAUGAGCAUCAUCAUUCCACACUGCGUGCACCAACCUUGUCAUCGCUCUCAUGCUCCCACAAACGAAGCAAUCACGCUUCCUCACCAUUCAUUCCACUCUACGCCAAUUCUCUCUGUGCCUUACACUCCAACGCUUUCAAAGAACCCUCUUCGAAGCAGAUUGACCAAACCUCUAGCACUUGCAGCUCCUGAAACCCAUGAUGAACAACCCAACAUUCGACCCUUAAUUCACCUCUUAAAGACCUGUGAGGAAAAAAGGUAUCUUAAAGAAGCAAAAUCAAUUCAUGGGCAUGUCUUAAAAUCGGGUUUUGGAGGCAAGGACUUGUUGGUGUUUUUGAAUAAUGCAGUUCAUGUUUACUCCAAAUGCUUGGACUACAAUUCUGCACGUAAAGUGUUUGAUGGAAUGUCCCAGAGGAACGUGUUUACUUGGACUGUUAUGGUUGUCGCGUCCAAUGAGCAUGGUUACUACCACGAUGGGGUGGAGCUUUUUAGCAUGAUGUUGGAGCAAGGUGUGUUGAUUGAUGGCUUUGUCCUCUCUGCUGUUUUGCAGUCUUGUGUUGGGUUGAAUUCGAUUGAGAUGGGUGAGAUGGUGCAUGCCCAAGUUGUUGUUAGAGGUCUUCUGAUGCAUGCGGUUGUUGGGACAUCUCUUCUUAACUUGUAUGCAAAGAUAGGAAAGAGUGAGAGUUCAGUUAAGGUGUUCAACAGCAUGGCAGAGGUUAAUGAAAUCUCUUGGAAUGCAAUGAUUUCAGGGUUUACCUCUAAUGGCCUGCACCUACAAGCAUUUGAGUGUUUUAUCAACAUGGUUGAAGGAGGGGUCAUACCUACUAACUCCACCUUUCUUAGUGUUUCCAAGGCUGUUGGGCAGUUAGGUGACAUUAACAAGUGUCAUGAAGUUCAUAGGUAUGCUUCUGAAUUGGGAUUGGAUUGCAAUACUUCGGUUGGAACGGCUCUGAUCGAUAUGUGCUCUAAGUGUGGGGCUCUGUCUGAGGCGCGAGUUAUUUUCCACUCGAAGUUUGCGGGGUGUUUGGUUAACAUACCUUGGAAUGCAAUGAUAACAGGUUGUUCACAUGCUGGUUCUCACCUAGAAGCUUUGGAGCUGUUCACAAGAAUGUGCAACAAUGAUAUCAAACCAGAUGUGUACACAUUCUGUUGCGUGUUCAACUCGAUUGCUGCUUUGAAGUGUCUCAAAUCCUUAAAGGAGACUCAUGGGAUGGCUUUGAAAUGUGGAUUUGAUGCGAUGAAAAUUAGCGCAUCGAAUGCUCUUGCUGAUGCAUAUGCAAAAUGUGAGUCACUUGAAGCUGUAGAGAAGGUAUUUAAUAGAAUGGAAGCGAAAGAUAUAGUAUCUUGGACAACCAUGGUGACUGCAUAUUGUCAAUAUUCUGAGUGGGGAAAAGCCUUGGCCAUCUUCUCACAAAUGUGCAAUGAAGGUUUUGCACCCAAUCAUUUUACUUUUUCUAGUGUGAUUACUGCAUGUGGUGGUCUUUGCUCACUAGAACAUGGCCAGCAAAUUCAUGGUUUGAUAUGCAAGGCCAGAUUGGACACUGACUCAUGCAUAGAAAGUGCUCUGAUUGACAUGUACGCCAAAUGCGGCAAUCUGAUGGAGGCAAAGAAGAUUUUCGAAAGGAUAUCUAACCCGGACGUUGUAACUUGGACUGCCAUAAUUUCCACUUAUGCUCAACAUGGUCUUGUUGAAGAUGCUCUUGAGCUCUUUAGGAAGAUGGAACAAUCAGCUGCGAAGGUCAAUGCCGUUACAUUAUUAUGUGUCCUUUUUGCCUGUAGCCAUGGAGGAAUGGUGGAGGAUGGGAUGAAAAUUUUCCAUCAAAUGGAGGACACCUAUGGUGUGGUACCGGAAAUGGAGCAUUACGCAUGUGUUGUUGAUCUCUUAGGUCGUGUCGGCCGCAUGGAUGAAGCAGUGGAGUUUAUCUACAAGAUGCCGAUUGAGCCAAAUGAAAUGGUUUGGCAGACAUUGUUAGGAGCAUGUAGGAUUCAUGGAAAUGCCGAGUUGGGGAAGAUUGCUGCUCAAAAGAUUCUAUCAACUCGGCCUGAAUAUUCCUCUACUUAUGUUCUUUUGUCCAACACUUACAAAGAAUCAGGACGACAUGAAGAUGGUAUUAGUUUGAGAGAUACCAUGAAAGAACGAGGCAUUAGAAAGGAACCAGGAUAUAGCUGGAUUUCAGUUGGAGGUGAGGUUCAUAAGUUUUAUGCUGGAGAUAAAAAACAUGCCCAGAAAGAUAAAAUCUACUCUACUUUAGAAGAGUUGAAGAGGAAUAUUAAGUACUUGAGCCAUGAACCUGAAUUCAGUUUUAUACUAUAACAUAAGUGAACUUGUUGAUCAAAAUAGUCCUUAAACAAGAAGGAAAAUAAACAAGGGGAGAGAUGGGGCAUCUUGGUUGGUUAAUGUUUAACCAUACAGCUCAUCAAGGAUUUUCAACUUAGUGCAUGUUUGGAAGCCCUUCUAUAGUUGAUUCUGAAGCCAGAAUCAAUUCCGUGGAGAAACUUCUAUCAGUAGCUUAUGGGUUUUAAAAUUGAUUCUUAUGAAA